CUUUUCUUUUAUUUUCUUUUCUUGCUGCUGAAUUACGCGUGCUUAUUCAUUAUGCACUAAUCACAAUUUAAGGAAUAAAGGUAAUAAUAAAAUGGAAGAGCACUUAGCAAAGCCAACAUUGACCAAAGAAACAACUUUAAGAUUUAACAAGCAUAAAGCUCUUCCUGAUUCUACUUCCAUACAACACAACACAGCCCAAACUCACUCUUGCUGAUCAGUUGCUUUACAUCUUUCUGUUUGCAAUUCAAGAGCUUGCUUUCCAUAUCCAUGGCUGAACUGAUUGCUGGAGCCUUUUUCACCGCUUCUUUUGAGCGGUUCUUUAAAAUGAUUCUUUCUGGAGACAUUCUCAAAUUUGUUAGGGGAAAGAAACUCAAUGAUGGGAUGCUCAAGAAGUUCAAGACCAUGUUGCUGUCUGUUAAGGCACUGCUGAAUGAUGCUGAGAAGAAGCAAAUAUCCGACCCAGAUGUGAGGCAGUGGCUGGAGGAGCUCAAAGACACCAUGUACCAUGCAGAGGACUUGGCGUAUGAGAUCGAGACUGAAGCUUUGCGAUGCAAGAUUGAAGGUGGUCAGUCUGGAAGCCGCAUAUUCCAGGUAUUUAACUUCUCAUCUAGAUUCAAUAUUAAGAAUCUUGAAGAUAGGAUAGUGGAGAUCUUUCACACACUUGAAGGCGUUGUAAGCCAAAAAGAUCUCCUUGGUUUGAGUCCAUCAGAAGGUGUUCAUCAGAAUAGAUCUUCAUCAUCUUCUCCACAACUACUACCUGUGGAAGAAGAAUCAGAUAUUUAUGGCAGAGACCAUGACAAAACUGUCAUCGUCAAGCUGCUGCUGUCUGAUGCUGAUGAUGAUCAUGAUGAUGUGGUAGGUAGUAAUAAGAUAUCUGUAAUUCCCAUUGUGGGCAUGGGCGGUAUUGGCAAGACUACCCUUGCUCAACUUGUUUAUAAUGAUGCCAAUGUGGUGAAAAAGUUUGACCUCAAAGCUUGGGUUACAGUGUCAGAUGAAUUUGAUGUUUUCACAUUGACAAAAACAAUUUUUGAAACGAUAACUGUGCAAAAGGAUUGCAGUAUCAAGCAUCCACAUCAACUUCAAUGUGAAUUAAAAAAGGCUAUAGAAGGGAAGAAGUUUCUCUUUGUUCUAGACGAUGUUUGGAACGAAAAUUAUAACCUUUGGGAUAACUUAAGGAGUCAAUUUACAUUUGGAGCAUCGGGGAGUAAAAUCAUUGUGACUACACGCAAUGAAAAGAUUGGAUCUAUGAUGGGUACCGCUCCCAUUCAUUAUCUUGGAAUAAUAUCAGAUGAAGAUAGUUGGCAAUUAUUUGCAAAACAUGCAUUCCAAAAAAUAAUAGAUCGAAGUGCACUUCAAGAGUUUGAAGAAAUCGGUAGAAACAUUGUUAGAAAAUGCAAUGGCCUUCCUUUGGCUAUUAAAUCACUUGGUGGUCUUUUAUGCUCCAAGAUGCAUAUCGAUGAAUGGGAAGAUAUACUAAACAGCGACACUUGGAAGAUGCAGGAGUGUAAUAUUCUUCCCGCUCUUUGGUUGAGCUACAACUAUUUGCCUCCACAUCUUAAACGGUGUUUUGGUUAUUGUUCAAUUUUUCCUAAAGAUGUUGAAAUUCAUAAGGAAACAUUAAUUCUGUUAUGGAUGGCAGAAGAUCUUUUACGACCCCAACAGAAUAUGACAUUAGAAGAAACUGGGGAGAAAUACUUUAAUGAUCUCAUCUCAAGGUCAUUCAUUCAUCAUACUAAAGAUUUUUCAUGCCCUGAUAUCGAUCAUUACCAUAUGCAUGACCUUGUUAACGAUUUGGCUAGCUUUGUUUCAGGAGAA